UCUAAGGGGGGGGCCCUGUGGGUCUGGCUGGGGGCUGCUGGCCCUCUGACGUGUGCUCUCUGCCCCCCUCCAGGCCUGUUGCCCCGCGAGCGCUCCGACAGCGGGGGCUCUAGUUCGGAGCAGUUCGAGCGCCACCCCCAGAUCCUGCGGGAGCGGGGCACCCCGCCCAUGGACCCCAAGCUGGCCUGGGGGGGAGACGUCUUCGCCGCCCCUGCCGCCGACCCCCGGCCCCUGGCCUCACCCCUCCGGCAGCCAGAGGAAGAGGAAAAGGGCCUGCGGAGUGAGACGCCCCCCGUCCGCCUGCGGGAGGCCGCCACCCCCCAGCCCUACGUAGGCAGCUACCCGGCCUUCGCCGAGAAUGGCGCCCCGGCCCCCCUGCACCGCUUCCCGGGGGAUGAGCCCCACCCGGGGGGGCCCUGGCCAGCUGGCCUUGCCCUGCCCCCCAACGCUCCAGGGGAGCUGGCCAGGAACGGGCAUCCCGAGCCCCUGGCCCAGCCCCCGCAGCGCCAGCUGGACGAGAAGCCCCCCAGCGCCGAGGAGCCCAAGGAGUCCCUAGUGGCGCCCAAGAAACCCCCCAAGGAGGAGCUGGCCCUGCCCCCCAAGGAGGAGCUGGCCCUGCCCCCCAAGGAGGAGGCGCCACGUCGGGCCGAGCGCCCCUUGCGCCAGCAGCACGACUUCCACCGGCUGCCACGGCGCGAGGCCAAGACGGAGACACGCUGGGGUCCCCGGCCCGGGCAGCAAGCUCGGCCGAGCCAAACGAGCCCGAGGCCCGCGAGAAAAGCCCCCGCGCAGAAGCCGGGCCCAUCAAGAACCCGCGCCCGCCAAAGGAAGGAAAGCUGAGGAAGCCGCCGCCUCAACCCAAACGAGCACCCGAGCUAGCGGCCAAACCAAGCCGGACCCCCACAU